AUGUGGGUUGUGAGGCGUGGAGACGGAGUCGGCAGCGUUAAUAGUGUUGACGACUUGGGUAGACUUCACGCUGCACCAGUGUGUGGAUUGCAAGUGAGUAACCAAUUCAGUCUCCGGAAGCGUGUGGUUGCUUCGCCGCCCUUGGCAACGUCAACGGCCCGCGGCUUGAUCCUCGUGCAUGGGCAUGUUGCUACUCACCUCAAAACCACUCCUGCUGAUGUCUUCAUAUCUCUCGACGGUGGGUACACCUGGCACAAAGGGUUGGAUGGACCGCAUCACUACCAGAUAGCAAAUCGAGGUGGUCUCAUAGUUGCUGUGCCUGCGGACACUCUUUGGGUGGAUAUUCUGCGAUUCAGCACAGAUGGAGGUCGGUGCUGGCACAAUAUUCCUCUCACACCCUCCAUCAAGCACACUCCUGCUGCCACAGAUGAGGAAGUCGACGAAGUACCUCCAACUCCACCGGCAGAGCAGUUGACCUCCUCCCCGGACGGGACCAUGGUACAAGCCACACCCUCACCACUUCUGCCUAUGGAUGAGGAAACUGUUGUGCUUACCGGCCUCGUCACCGAGCCUGGCGGUCGUGCGAUGACUGUUGCAGUCUAUGGCUACGGUACAGUCAGUCAACGUUGGCGAGUGGCUGUUGUCGAUUUCGCCAACAACGGCUUCAUCACAAAGAAUUUUCUGCAUCUGUGUGGUAGGGAGGCUCUGAUUGUUUAUCCUAUCUGGUGCCACCACCUAUUUUCGCCUGUGUCGCACAUACAAGCGCGAGGGCUUCAUCUCACUAGCGAAAAGACCAUACGGUGCGAUGAGGCUAUGUGGACGCCAGAGCCCACAGGCUUUCGGGACAGGCGUGCGGUACACUUAAGGCAAACAGCCAUUAGUUAUGCUCCAAAACACGGAAAUUCUCCCACCAUGCUGGUGCGGCAUGCCGGCUAUGCCAAUGACGCUAGGCAAGGUACGUGCAUUCAUACCAAUAGCCUGUCACCCGGUGUCAUCUCGGGUCAGACAUUUCAGGUGAAAUGCACGUCCAUAAUGUCGGCCCUUUUUGCCCCACAUCAAGGCACCGCCGAGGACUACGAGCCCUGGUAUCCUCACCGCACCGACAUGAGCCACAAAGACCCUAACGACGGCUGCUUGCUCGGUGUUCGGGAGACGUCCUAUCGGCUGAAGGCGAAUUCUCUGUGCUUCUCUAACUCCGACUACCGACCCCUUCAAUCCUAUGAAGUUUGCCCCUGCACGGAACAGGACUACGAAUGCGAAUACGGCUACUGGCGUGAACUGGACAGUGGUGGCAAAUGUGUGGUGAAUCCGCAUGCACCGCCUCUUGACGUUUGCGAUUUAGUGGGUCAGGAGGUGGUGCCACACCUUCUCGAAAUGAUCGGCUAUCGUCUAAUCCCAGGCGACCGUUGUCAGGGCGGUUGGCGGCCUCCACAUUCCAAUUUUACUUUUGAGGCACUUGUCAGCCAUUGUCCUCCUAAAUCCAAGUCCUUUGGAACAGUAGGCAAGAUUAUGGUGACGAUAGUUGCGUUGACGAUCUUCUUUGCCUUUGUGGGAGGAGUUAUCUGGUCGCGUCGCAGAGAUGCUAUCUUCUCUAACAUGUCACUUCGGCAUAGACGUUUCACAGAAAUCUUUCGUCGUCGCCUUCAACGCUCCCACCUUGGUGUCAGCAAUGAUUUCAAGACGAAUCCCCUUGUUUCCAACACCGUCUUUUAUGCCAGUGGCGAUCUUGGCUCUGCCAAGACAGUUGCAUCUCCCUUGGGUACUUCUCGUCAUUUGGUGCAACAGAUUACGCACAUUGGUAUUGGAAAGCGGUCAGAAGAUCAACUGGAUUUGGUGGCAAAUGAGGAGUUGUUUGUUGAUGAGGAUACUUUUCCUCCUGACUCGAUGAAUGAUCAUUCAACAAGAAGCGAACCAGGUCGUAUGGACGAUUUGCUCUACUAG